AUGCUUCAAUCUCUUGUGUUCAUCACCGGAUCAACAGGCUUCAUCGGCUCCCAUGUUGUCCUUCAAACCCUCAACGCAGGCUACAAAGUCCUUCUAAGCGUACGCAAGGAACCCCAAAUUGAGGGUCUCAAGAAACUAUUCUCCGAUCACGUCAGCGAUAUCGACUUUGUCGUUAUUCCGGAUUUAUCCAUCUCAAACGCAUUCGACAGUGCGCUGAAAGAUGUCGAAUACGUCUUCCAUAUCGCUUCCCCCAUGCCUGGUAAAGGCAACGACUUUAAGAAAGAGUACCUUAAUCCCGCAGUGCAAGGCACGACAGCUGUCUUAGAUGCCGCAGAGAAAGUCAGCACGAUCAAACGCGUCGUUAUUGUGUCAUCCGUGCUUGCCUUGGUCCAGUUAGACGCCAUGGUAACAGGAAAUAUGGACGUUAAAGGUACAGCUCUAUUCCAUAAAACAGACCUUGUCGUUCUCCCCAUCGAGCCACACUUGAAUGGGUUGCAGCGAACAAACCACAUUUUGUUGUCGUUACCCUGCAUCCCAUCCAUGGUCUUCGGCCGCAACCUCAGCCAGACCUCCCCUGAUGGAGUUGAUGGCACUAACGCCAUGCUCUGGGGCACCCUAUAUUCCGAAACGCCUCUUUUCCCCGCGGUAGCUGUAGACGUUAGGGACGUUGCGCGUGCGCAUGUAAGCGUUCUGGAUACAGACUUUGAAGGAAAGAACAACGAAGUUCAAGAAUUUAUCAUAAGCGCUGGUGAGAAAGAUGGAUGGUCAUGGACUAACGUUGCAAAAUUUGUAAAGAACGAGUAUCCUAGCCUCGGUACAAAGUUAGAAGGCUCAUUCGAUCCACCUCCUUCCAUCAAGACGCCUCGCGCCGAGGAAAUCUUGGGCCUCAAAUGGAAGACAAUGGAAGACACCAUCGCGUCUUUCCUGGACCACCAGGUGGAGCUGGGAGCCCAGCUUUAG